AUGGCAAUAGAAAUAUCAGUGAUCAGUGUUGGAGCAGUAUUUCUAGUUGUUGUGCUGUUCACGGUGCUGACCUACAUUUCUGACCGGAGAGGCAGAGCUGUACAGGCAGAUCACAAGAGAAGCAAGUCUACAGGAGCUCAAUCUGGACUCCUGAACUAUCUCUAUCAGUACCUUCCCUGCUCCUCAUCUCCCUCCCUCCCAGGUCCUCCUCGCCUCUUCCUCAUAGGCAACAUGAUGGAGCUGACACAUGAUCAUCUGCCAAUUCAUUUGACCAAUCUCGCACAACGCUAUGGAAAUAUUUAUCAGCUGAAAUGUGGAAACACAACCAUGGUGGUACUUAAUAGUAAUGAAGUUAUAAGAGAAGCACUGGUGAAGAAAUGGUCUGACUUUGCAGGGAGACCAAUUUCAUACACAGGUGAUACUGUGUCUGGGGGAGGGCUAUCCAUCUCUCUGGGGGACUAUAAUGAGGAGUGGAGGGCACAUCGUCGCUUCGUCCACAGUGCUUUGCAGCGUUGCUGCCAGAAAUCUUUGCAUGACGUGAUUGAGAGACAGGCCCUGCAUCUGCGAAAGGUUUUGAUGGACUAUAAAGACAGUGCUGUAGAUCUCUCAGAGGAUUUCACAGUGGCAGCCAGUAAUGUCAUCACCACUUUGGCUUUUGGAAAGGAAUAUGACAAGAGUUCUUCAGAGCUGCAGCAGCUGCACUGCUGUUUAAAUGAGAUUGUUGCUCUGUGGGGCUCCUCUUGGAUUUCUGCUCUGGACUCCUUCCCACUGCUAAGGAAAUUCCCAAAUCCUGUGUUUUCCCGUCUCCUGAAAGAGGUGGCCAGGAGAGAUGAAAUCAUAAAACAACAUCUCAACAAUUACAAGUCGCAAGACAAAAAAAAUGAGGACGUAAUCACAGGAUCCCUCCUCCAGGGUCUUGACAAACAUCACAACACAGAACAUGGAGUGCUCCUUACAGAAACUCAUGUCCACAUGGCCACUGUGGAUCUUCUCAUUGGGGGAACAGAGACCACUGCAGCUUGGCUGAAUUGGACUGUGGCUUUCCUUUUGCACAGACCAGAGGUGCAGACCAGGGUGCAUGAAGAGUUGUGCACAGUGCUAGAGGGACGAUACCCCAAGUACAGUGACAGACACAGGCUUCCCGUCCUGUGCUCUUUGAUCAGUGAGGUGCUCAGACUCAGGCCAGUUGCUCCGUUGGCGGUGCCACACAGAGCCAUCAGAGACAGCAGUAUUGCAGGUUACUUCAUCCCUAGGAACACAGUCAUCAUUCCUAAUCUUUUUGGAGCUCACCAUGAUCCUGCAGUUUGGACUGACCCGUACAGCUUCAGACCAGAGCGUUUUCUGGAUGGAGGAGGAGGUUCCACCCGUGCCCUGAUCCCUUUCGGAGGAGGGGCUCGGCUCUGCCUGGGGGAGUCUGUUGCCAAAAUGGAGCUCUUUCUGUUCACUGCCUAUUUGUUAAGAGAUUUCCAGUUCAUCCUUCCUGAGGGUGAGGCCGCUCCGCCCGACCUGAGAGGAGUUGCUAGUGUUGUGCUCAAGGUCAAGUCCUACACAGUUAUAGCACAUCCAAGACCUGUGACUAAUCCCUGAAGUGCAGAAGGUGUACUGAUUACUUGCUGCUUCAAAGUUAGUGUGCAAAUGAAUGAUUUGUUAAACUUAAACAUAUAAAUAUAAUCAUAGAACCUUCACAUGUAUGUUUAUCAUCAAUACUCCUUCUGUUUGUAUGCAGU